AUGGCGGGUGCGGUGGCGUUCUCUCUGGUGAUUCUUCUUCAUUGGUCUCCAAGUUCGUCGACGCCCGUGCUAGCAUCCGGACCUGCAACAAGAAGCAUCAAGCCUGGAGGAGGGAACAAGAAAGUGGAAGCUUGCCCGGCGAGCUGCGGCAAUCUGAGCUUCGACUACCCAUUCGGCAUCGGACCGGAGUGCUCCAGAGGACCCGAUUUCAGGCUGACCUGCGACGACGCCACUCGGCCCCCCAAGCUUUUCUUGGCAGAUGGCAUCACCGAGGUUAUCGACAGCAUGGCCAUGGACAUUGACUUCGACGGGAGUAACUACUACAAACCUCGCAAUCAAAUCAAGACCUCCAUCUGGCUUGUCGUGCCCAUGAAAUCCGGUGUCCGUGUGUACAACCUAUCACUGGAGCCCCCUGGAAGGUCCUUCUCGCGUGACUCCGCUCGUCUAAAUAUUACUGGCUGCGACCUGGAUGUGUACUGGGUCAACCAGGUUGCUGGGAGAACCACUUGGGCUUGUUCCACUUGGUGCCACGGCGAGGAAGAAAUCACGGAGAUGGCGGCUAGGCACAACUGCACAGGCAUCGGAUGUUGCACUAUUGAAGUGAUUGAUGAGGGGGAGCUUAAUGGGGAGAGCGUCCAGGAAGAUUUCCGGCUUAGUAUCGUCGUCCAUGGCCACAACCAAAGCGGCAGCAUCGGCACCUCGAGAUUCAACCGGACCUCUCUAUUGCGGGAUAGAAUCACCGUAUCCAGUGACGACGCCAUGCUCCAGUGGAGCAUCGUCGAUGAACCCAACUGUCUCGCCACCAGCAAAAGCCAUAAGAACUACGCCUGUAUCAGCAACAAUUCCAUUUGCUACGACCAAGGCAUGACAUCAAGCCAAGGCUACCUGUGCCUAUGCGACAUAGGCUAUACAGGCAACCCCUACAUUCGGGAUGGUUGCACCGAGGAUAAUAAAGAGUACAAUCCAAAUCAAAGAAGAGCUGACUGUACCCGUCAGUGUGGAAACAUCAGUGUGCAAUUCCCAUUCGGCUUAGAAGAGGGUUGCUUCGCUAGGAGACAGUUUCGUCUCUCAUGCACAAAUGCAACAUCCUCAGGCGUCCUUAACAUGGAAGACGACUCUCCAUAUCGGGUGAUCGAUUUGAAUGUUAACGAAGGGACAAUUAACUUCACCAAUCUUGACCAGGAAAUAGGAGAUUUUUACGCCUUGGUUAUUGCUGGAGGUUUGAAUCUUUUUGUCGGUUAUGAUGUAUCCACCUCUCUGCAAUGGGUUGCUGCAAAUCUAAGUUGCACCGAAGCUAAACAGAAUAUAUCUGAGUAUGCUUGUGUGAGUAUCAACAGCAGCUGUGUGGAAGUGAACGCGUUGAGCGGCUACUUUGGAUACCACUGCAAAUGCCCAUAUGGCUUCAAAGGAAACCCGUACAUUCAAAAUGGUUGUCAAGAUGUUGAUGAGUGCCUUCAGCAAGACAUUUGUAAGGGAAGAGUCUGCAGUAAUAUAGAAGGAGGCUUCACGUGUACUGAAUGCCCUCGCAAGACUGAGUAUGAUCCCACAAAAAAUCAGUGUACUAGAACAAAGCAGCAGGUUCUGUUCAAAGGAGAUCACGUCUAUAUAGGUAUUAUGAUUGGACUUUCUGGUGGAUUCAGCAUUCUACUCCUGAGCUUUGUUGCAUUAUUUCUUUUCCGAAGAUGGAAAAAGAAUGUUCAAAAGCAACUACGGAAGAAUUACUUCCACAAGAAUCAAGGUAUUCUCCUAGAACAGUUGAUAUCACCAGACAAAACAAUUAUUUUCCCCCUAGAAGAGCUAGAAAAGGCAACAAAUAACUUUGAUCCCGCACGCAUCAUUGGACGGGGUGGCCACGGGAUGGUUUAUAAGGGCAUUUUAUCUGACCAACAUGUUGUUGCAAUAAAGAAGUCUCUAGUCAUUGAGUACAGUGAGAUCAGGGAAUUCAUCAACGAAGUUGCAAUACUUUCUGAAAUAAAUCACAGAAACAUUGUGAAACUCUUUGGAUGUUGUCUCGAAUCUGAGGUUCCAUUGCUGGUAUAUGACUAUAUUUCCAAUGGGUCAUUGUCUCAAGCUCUCCAUGCUGAAUCACGAAAUGAUGUUUCUUUGGUUUGGGACGAUUACAUAAGAAUCGCCACAGAAGCUGCAGGUGCUCUAUCAUAUCUCCACUCAGCCGCUUCAAUAUCAGUCUUCCAUCGUGAUGUGAAAUCAGCAAAUAUACUCUUGGAUGGGAACUACACUGCUAAAGUUUCGGACUUCGGCGCUUCAAGAUUGGUUCCAGUUGGUCAAACACACAUUGAUACCAAUGUACAAGGUACAUAUGGUUACUUAGAUCCUGAGUACGUCCAUACGAGGCAGCUAAAUGAGAAGAGUGAUGUGUAUAGUUUCGGAGUGGUGCUACUGGAGCUGCUUGUUAGAAAGAAGCCAGUUUUCAAAAGUAACUCAGGCUGGGCUCAAAGCUUGUCAAACUACUUUCUUGAGGCAUUGAAAGAGAAAGAAAUCACUGAUAUAGUUGACUCACAAGUUGCCGAGGAAGCAACCAAGGAGGAGAUCAGCAGCGUUGCCUCUCUUGCGGAGAUGUGCUUAAGAUUAUAUGGUGAAGAAAGGCCUACAAUGAAGGAAGUGGAGAUGGAAUUGCAGAUUUUACAAAAGAAACGGGCGAGCUCUGGGCAAAGUAGCCUGGAAAAUGAGGAGCAAAAUGAAACAAUGUUGCCAGCUCGAAGAGCUGAAGCUACUUGCCAAGCAUUUGCCAUAGAACCUGGUGAGGGAGCCAAUUUACCACUGAAACACAACCAACGAUGUUCUAGUUUGGAGGAAGAGAUCAUGGAAUCCGCCACCCUACCACACUAA